CGACAGGCAGCAAUUGUCGUUCGUUUGGCAACACGAUCAGAAAUUUUAUAAACGGUCCAAUUCGCAACUGUCGCGCCCGCAGAGUAUACAGGCGCGCACAUACACUGAAGCCUGUAAUAUAUUACAGUCGGAGUCGAAGAGAGUCAGUUCACGCACGCACGCGUACGUAACGCACGGUCGCACAUCAGCGCAAGAGAAGACUGUCGAAAGGAGAAUACAACACGGAUCUUCGGAGCGAAAAUCGAUUCGACUUUUGUUCCGUCACUUGUAAUAAAUAAAAAGCAGCCAAGCUGGAUAACACAGGAAGGAUGGCGUCCGACAUGAUCAACAAGAAUCGGAUGAUGGUCUUCAAGAACAAGGGCAAGGACCAAGAUGAAAUGAGAAGACGGAGAAAUGAAGUUACAGUGGAGCUCAGAAAAAAUAAAAGAGAGGAAACUCUUCAAAAGAAAAGAAAUGUUCCUAUUUUGGAUUCAACUGAUGAGGAAGAUAUUGAUAAGCAGUUGGCAAAAACUAACUUGGAAGAGCUGGUUUUGAAAGCUGAUAGCGCAGACCCUGCUGAACAGUUACAAGCUGUUCAAGCAGCUAGAAAAUUACUCUCAUCGGAUCGCAAUCCACCUAUAGAUCCUCUAAUCGAUAGUGGUAUUUUGCCUAUUUUAGUUAGGUGUUUGGAAAAACAUGAUAAUCCCUCUCUACAAUUUGAGGCUGCAUGGGCACUAACAAAUAUUGCCAGUGGAACAUCAGCCCAAACAAAUGCAGUUGUAAAUGCAGGAGCAGUUCCACUAUUUCUUCAAUUAUUGCUUUCCAGUCAACAAAAUGUUUGUGAACAAGCUGUUUGGGCUCUAGGUAAUAUUAUUGGUGAUGGUCCAGCAUUGAGAGAUUAUGUUAUUCAACUAGGUGUUGUUGGCCCACUUUUACAAUUUAUCAAGCCAGAUAUCCCACUCACAUUCCUACGUAAUGUAACGUGGGUCAUUGUUAAUUUAUGUAGAAACAAAGACGUCCCUCCACCUAUUCUAACAAUCAAAGAGAUUUUACCUGCUUUGAAUGUUUUAAUUCAUCACAUGGAUAUUAAUAUUCUUGUUGAUACUGUUUGGGCUCUGAGUUAUUUAACAGAUGGAGGUAAUGAGCAAAUUCAAAUGGUCAUUGAUAGCGGGGUUGUCCCACGACUUAUUCCGCUUCUAUCACACAAAGAAGUUAAAGUUCAAACAGCUGCUCUAAGAGCUGUAGGAAAUAUUGUCACAGGCACAGAUGAGCAAACGCAGAUUGUUCUAAACAGUGAUGCGUUAUCUCACUUCCCAUCAUUACUUACUCAUCCCAAGGAAAAAAUUUGCAAGGAAGCAGUAUGGUUCUUAUCAAAUAUCACAGCUGGUAAUCAAUCACAAGUACAAGCUGUUAUAGAUGCUAAGUUAGUACCACUAAUUAUCCGAAAUCUCUCGAAAGGUGAAUUCCAAACUCAGAAAGAAGCUGCUUGGGCGAUCAGUAAUUUAACGAUAAGUGGUAAUAAAGAACAAGUAAUGGAAUUGAUCAAAGAAGGUGUUGUAGCUCCUUUCUGUGAGUUGUUAUCAUGUAAAGAUAAUCAAGUCGUACAAGUUGUUCUUGAUGGUAUUCAUAAUAUGCUAAAAAUGGCUGGACCAAAUGUUGAAAUGUUGGCUGGUAUGAUUGAAGAGUGCGGUGGGUUAGACAAAAUUGAAGCGUUACAAGGUCACAUGAAUGGGGAAAUCUAUAAACUUGCUUAUGACAUCAUUGAGCAAUAUUUCUCGGAAACGGAUGAUGUCAAUCUUGGUCAGCCAAUCAACGAAGAAACGUUUGAAUUUGACCCUUCCGCGGCCAUCCCAAAUGAAGGGUUCAAAUUCUGAGAGGUUCUUUUCUCUGUUUCCGCUCCCCGAUUGUGCCGUCCCCCCUCGAAUAACUUGAGUCUAGAGCCGCUCGGCUUUUCCUUGCCUUUAUCCUUUUUUCACAAUUCCAUAUUACAUCUGUCAAAGUGCGGCUAACACGUUUUUAUGCGCCAUUAUUUAAAAAAUUCUAAUGAGAACAAAAGGGCCCAAAGAUGAAAGAUUAUGCAAAACUACUGCAGCGAAUUGAAUGCCGAUUGCCUUUAUAGGCAUUAUAACUAGGAAUAGAAGAAUUAAUUACAAGAAAAGGCCAUUCGACUUUUGACGAUCUAUGAGAACGAAAUGACCGGAGAAAAAGUCAACGACUUCUCGAAUCGACUGUUUUUUUCGUUCGUUAUAAUUUUUACAAUAAUUGAUUUACUAUUUGUAACGUUUACAUCGUGAAACAAGUCUAAUCAAGAUGCUGGUUCAGUCAUAAAAGCUCACUAACGUCAAGUGAUUAUUAUUUUUUAAUAUUUUUUAAUAGGAAAUUGAAUAUUUAUUUAUGAAGUGAAAUGUGUAGUUAUCAAAAUUUUUCCAUUUGAUAGAAAUGAAGAAAUAAUGUUGCUUUUGAUUCUAAAGCAUUUGAUAAACGACCGACACGUCUUCUCAUGUGAAUUGUUUAAAAUAAUGUUGAUAUAAUUCAUUUCUUGCUUAAAUCGUGCAAAGUUUGAGCAGGAGAUUUUUUAAUGCUGCAGCACUUGUAUAGACUACAUUAAGCUUUCGUUUGUGUCACAAUUUUAAUUACCUCUAUGUAUAUAUUAGGCAUGUUAAAUAAAUUGCAGUCACGAAUUUUCAAAAAAUUAUGUAAUUAAACUUCGUUAGAGUAAUCGAUAAUUAAAAGCAUUAUGUUAGGAAAAAGAAAACAGCAUGAAUAGUAAUGUAGCUUACAUUAGAGACAGUGGCUGUAACGAUCAAGUUUCUUAUUUCUAUCUGAAAUUAGCAAUGUAUAUUUUUUCUUCAAAUACAUUGACAAACUAAAUAA